AUGAGCGCCACACGCGCCUCCACAUCUGGCACACCGAUCUUCAACUCUCUAUUGAACCUUCCCGGCCUACGUAGCGCAGGAUCAAUAUCAUUCGACUCAUGGGUCGUUGCAACGACCACAACACUCCCCUCCUCCCCCGCAUCAACCCCAUCCAUCUCCGUCGAAAGCGCCGCAACGUCCCUCUUCUCGACCUCCCCACCCGGGCCCGUCCUCUCUCCUUGGACCCAGCGUGUCGACCUCGUCCAGCACAAUCAGCGCCGGCGCCUCGCCCUCGCCUUAGCGAACACCCGCCGCCGCGAGUCCGAAAUAGGCGAGCAGGUCCGGGCGUGUGAGCGGGAUCUCGAUGAGGUCGCGGAUUCGUCGAUGAAGGUGCAGGCUCUUGAGGAGGGUGAAGGUUGGAUGGAUGCAGUUCCGGGCGGUGUGGAGGGUGGUGUGUGUGCGGGUGAGGAGAGGGUGAUGAGGGUGUCCCAGGUUAUGGUUGAGAGUGUUGCGAGGAAGGAGAGGCUGAGGGUGACCAUUGCUUGGGCGAGACCGUUGACGGUAGAGCUUGAUUCACAUUUUGUUGUUGAGAGGGAGGAGAUGAAGAAGUAG